GAAAGAAUUGUCUCAACGCGGUCUACUCACGUGCUUCUCAACUUGACUGUGAGCCGAUAUAUAUUUAUAUACGCACACCACAAUCGCCAAGCUUCUACGACCGCAACUGAAAAAAAGACGUGUUCGAGGUUGAGCAGACAUGGCAGCGCCUACGCCAGCCAUUUCGUCCGCGCAGACGGGCCAUCCCAUUAGCCGCAUUGCCACGCUGCCUUCGUCUAGUGCCAAUACAAUCCUGCUCGUGUGCGCCGGCGGGUCCUCCGUGUCCGUCCAACCCGCGCCGCAAUGGCUGACGAGCCCGGUGAAUGGGGGAGACGUGCAUAGCAACAGCAACACCGCAGCGACGGUAUCGACGACAGGUAGCCUCCAACACCUACGCCACGGCACUCUCGAGCCGCAGGCGGCAGCGGGUGUGGAGGUGGGAAAAGGCGCAGAUGUGCUGCUCGCGGCGGCGCAGCAGUGGUCAGCUCACCGUCGCGACGGGGCGGAUACGGGGCAGCAGGACCACUACGGCUAUGCGCUGUCGUCCUCGUCUAUUCCUUCUGCCUCUCCCGCAACGGCCCUUACGGUGGAGCAGCGCGCGAGUCUGCAGGCUGGCGAGGUGACGUCACUCUGCGUAGCCGCCCUGCCGGGCACCGACACGUCACUCGCACUUGUCGGCAGCACCGUCGGCACUGUCGCGCUGUUUCUCAUUGAAGGCAGCCACACGCUGUGCAAGGUGGCGGAGUGCGCGCUGGUGCGGUGGAGUCGCGGCGGCAUCACCGCGCAGGACGCGGUGGUCGAUGUGGCCUUCAGCAUGGACCCGGCCGGCCGCCCCGAGUUUGUGAGCGCAGCCUCGGCAGGGUGUGUGGUGGUGGUGGAUGUGCAGCUGUUCUACCGCCGGGGCACCGACGGCGACGACGACGGCGAUGUGGAGAAGGAAGAAGACGGCGUGCGCCGGCGAUUCUCUUCUCUCCCUUCCUGCCGCACCGAGGGGGAUGCGUGGUCGGCCUCCGCCCUGCGUGCCAAGGCGGUGGAGGCGUUAGAGCGGCCCAACACCCAGCUCGUCCGCCGCAGUCGCAGCGACGUCUUUACCUGCGCGUUUGCGGGCGCCAACGUCGUGCGCGUCCUCGCCCCGCAGCGCCUACACGCGGCCGUUGCGAUGGACGUGGCUCUUGUCGUGGUGCUGCGCGAUGGCACCCUGCGCUACGUUGAGCGCGUGAUUGACGGUGGCUCGGUUCGGCUGCUGGCGGAGCAUCAUCGGCUGCGGUUUGCGAAGGGUGCCACCUUUAUCGCCUACGCACAGGACUCCAUGCUUGCCGGUCCGUCGUCACACUCCUCGGCGCAGCGCGGUGGCAGCAGUGCUGGUGGUGCUGAUGGGGUUGGCGAGGAGGCGGACAGCCGUGCUCUCCCGCACGUCAUCUACCGCUACCGGCUUUCUCCACAUCAGGUAAACGUGUGUCAGCUGGGCAACUCCGCUGCGGCGGAGUGGGUCACCCUGGUCAACGAUGCCGCCCUCUACUUCAGCGAAAAGGAUGCGGUGUGUCACGUGGUGGUGGCCGGCACGCAGCUGGUCCCGACGAGCAAAGCCACCGGCCGUCCCUCCCCGCCCAACGCGCCAGGGUCUGGUGCGAAGGUGUCGCUCGACGUAGCUGCCCGGGCCGCCGCGGGGUGGACGCUGGGCCGUGUGCUGCAGGAGAAAGGAAGCGGGGGAAGUGGUGGGGGCCAUCGUGCGCUGGGUUGGUGGGCGGUGGCGCACAACGUCGUACUGCCACGCUACACCUUUGACCGCGCCGCGCUGGAGCGGCACGCGUUCGAGCAGCAGCAGCAGUUGUCGUCGCACACACGCGCUACAGCUGGCCCUUCCUCUUCCUCCGCCGCCGCCUACAGCUCUCAUGCCGGGUCGCCCUUCACGGUCCACGUGCAGAGCAACGUGACGGCCCUGCCAGCCGCAUCUCUCAGCGCCACUUCUGCGCUGUCGAUGAGCCCUGGGCGUCCGGUGACAGCAGCGGCAGCAGCAGCGGCGGCAGCGGCUGGCGGCUUGGAUGGAUCGGCCUUCUACGAGUCCCUCCCCACGUCGCCGGUGGUUUCCUCACCGACCGGGACCGGUGCGCACGUGGCGGCGGGCAACACGACAGCCGGCGUGGGCAACGGAUUCGCGGCGGCUGCGAUGGUAGCUGGGGUGUUAGUGCUGUCGACCGGCACCGACGUGUACGUCGGGGACCUCAACGAAGUGCCGGCGAAGGCGACGUCGCUGCCGGUGCCGCGCCCCGUCCGCUCGUUUGGGGCGGUCGUGGAGAACGUCUCAUGUGGGCCCUAUCGAGAUGUGCGGUCGGUGUUGGUGGCAACCGGGUCGCGUGUGGUGCCCGUGUCGCUGUAA